UCUUGUUUUUCUUUUUUGAAGACAUGGAACACGUUGUGCUGGAGAGGUUGCUGCUGUUGCCAACAAUGACAUGUGUGGUGUCGGGGUGGCCUACAAUUCCAAGAUCGGAGGUGUGCGCAUGUUGGAUGGAGAGGUCACUGAUGUGGUGGAAGCUCAGUCUCUCAGUCUCAAACCACAGCACAUUGACAUCUACAGCGCCAGCUGGGGACCUGAAGACGAUGGCAAAACGGUGGACGGACCUGCAAAGCUGGCCAAAGAAGCUUUCCUGCGCGGCGUGAUAGAGGGCCGUGGAGGACGGGGCUCUAUCUUUGUGUGGGCUUCGGGGAACGGCGGCCGAGAGAAGGACAGCUGCAACUGCGAUGGCUACACCAAUAGCAUCUACACGCUGUCGAUCAGCAGCAGCACGCAGAAUGGCAACGUGCCCUGGUACAGCGAGGCCUGUUCGUCCACCCUCGCCACAACCUACAGCAGUGGAGGCCUCAAUGAGAAACAGAUUGUGAGUCUCUCUCUGCCUCCAGAAAAUCAGCAACAGUUAUCCUUUAAUUGAAGAAGUGGCGUAGCAAAUCUAAUCCAAAAAUAAAGAAUCUGAAAACAGUUGGAGAUCAGAAGAUAGACUGCCAAGCCAAUUUAUGAAGAAUUGUUGCCACGGCUUUUAAGUUCUUAAAGGCUUUUUGGCUGUCAGUGAAUGCUAUCUUUCCUCUAGUGAGAGGGAAGAUGAAUGUUUUUUUCUUCAUGGCCUGUUUGAAACUUCAAAAACACGGAUGUUCUUGUGAUUCCAAACCAUAUCCUCUAACUAUCAUGCAUGGCUUGGUUUUAUCUUUAUGUUUUUUAUGAUUAUUAAUGAUGUUUGUUAAGUCGAGCGUCACUGUUUUUAUUGCAUAUACUUGUGCUCAGGGAUUUCGACAAACCCCAAGUAUUACAACGUCUCCUAAACAGACAAAGCGACCCGCCAUAAGAGCUACAGU